AGAAACCGGAAAAAAAAGAAAAAGAGAAACCUGAUAAGGCUAAAGAGAAACCGGAAAAAAAAGAAAAAGAGAAACCUGAUAAGGCUAAAGAGAAACCGGAAAAAAAAGAAAAGGAGAAAUCUGAUAAGGCUAAAGAGAAACCGGAAAAAAAAGAAGAAAAACCUGAUAAGGGUAAAGAAAAGCCAAGUGAAACUAAAAAAGAUGACAAAACACAGAAAACCGAAAAAGCCCCAAAACCUGAGAGUAAAGAAAGGCCACAGAAAACAAAGGAGCCUGAGAGUAAAGAGAAACCCGAAAAGAAACCUAAAGUUGAAGAUCAACAAAAACCUGACAAAGCACGGAAACCCGAGGGUAAAGAGAAACCCGAAACGGCAAGGAAACCCGAG